AUGGAGUUGACUGCUUUGAAUGGAAGAAUGACUCGAUGGAAAAUUCUACUUUCAGAAUUUGAUAUAGUCUAUGUGAACCAGAAAGUAGUGAAAGGGAGUGCAAUAGCAGACUUUCUGACCAGUAGAGCUCUGGAAGAUUACGAGCCACUGAACUUUGACUUCUCGAAUGAAGAUCUAAUGUACGUUGCAACCACUAAAAAAGACUCUCGAGAAGGCCACCCUUGGAAACUAAAUUUUGACAGAGCCUCAAAUGCUGUGGGUAAUGGAAUCGGGGCAGUCCUGGUGUCCCCAAACGGCGAUCAUUAUCCUUUAACUAGUAAAUUAGAUUUCUAUUGCACAAAUAACAUGGUGGAGUAUGAAGCGUGCAUCAUGGGUAUCCGUGCAGCCAUUGAACACAAAAUCAAAGUGCUAGAGGUAUAUGGGGAUUUCGUAUUAGUGAUUUAUCAGCUCAAAGGUGAAUGGGAGACAAGAGACCCCAAGUUGGUCAAUUAUCGAAAGUUGGUUCUCAAAUUAAUCGAGGAGUUUGAUGAUAUCACCUUCUGUUACCUCCCGCGAGAUGAAAAUCAGAUGGCUGACGCCUUGGCUACUUUAGCUUCUAUGAUCAGAGUAAACAAACAAAGGGAUGUGAAACCUAUCCAGAUGAGCAUUUAUGAGGCUCCGGCUCAUUGUUGCAACAUCAAAGAAGAGGAAAAGGAAAAGGAUGACCACCUUUGGUGCCACAAUAUAUUACGAUAUGUAAAGAAUCACGAGUACCCUGACCAAGCAACUGAAAAUGAUAAGAGGACGUUGAGAAGGCUGGCCAAUGACUAUGUCUUAGAUGGAGAGAUCUUAUAUAAAAGAUGA